AUGUUCAAUCGAACUAAGGUCGGCAAAUAUCAUCUAUUGGUCUGUGGAACUACACCUUGUAUGAUACGUGGUUCACAAGGUAUUGAAGAAGCAUUAUUGAAACACUUAGGAGUGAAACGAAAUGAAGUAACGCAAGAUGGUUUCUUUUCUGUUGGUGAAAUGGAAUGCAUGGGAUGCUGUGUGAAUGCUCCAAUGAUUACAGUGGCUGAUUACUCUAAUGGAUCAGAAGGAUAUACUUACAAUUAUUUUGAAGAUGUAACCCCAGAGAAAGUAAUUGAGAUAGUUGAAAAGCUGAGAAAGGGCGAGAAGCCACCGGUAAGGAUAUUUGCUAUAAUUUAUUUCAUUUUUGUCAAAGUUUAG